AUGGCUGCGCAAAAGGAUGUGGAAAAGUUCCUCCAGGACAACCCUGCAUUUGCUAAACAGUACUUUUCCAAGAAGAUGAGCCCUGCCUCCAUAUCAAAGGUGUCAGGACUUUCAGAGAAACAGAUUGACUUCAGCCAGUUCCAGGAGCUCUCUCAGGUCGAAGAAAGCAGAAUCAUGUAUGACCUAAUCAAAGACAUGCAGGAGAACAUCAACGUGGAGAAGGUGGUGUUCAAGAUCCUGAAGAGAAUCACCGCGCUCAUUCACGCAGACCGGUGCAGCUUGUUCAUGUACCGGCAGCGGAACGGCAUCGGAGAGCUCGCCACAAGGCUCUUCAACGUCAGCACAGAUGCAGAGCUGGAAGACUGUGUGGUGCCACCAGACUCUGAGAUCGUCUAUCCGCUGGACAUGGGAAUAGUCGGCCACGUGGCCCUGACCAAGAAGACUGUUAAUGUGAAAGAUGUCACAGAGAAUCAGUACUUCAGCUCAUUCGUUGACGAACUCACAGAGUACCAGACCCGAAACAUUCUGGCUACACCCAUCCUCAACGGCAAAGACAUGGUGGCUGUGAUCAUGGCUCUGAACAAGACCACAGGACCACAUUUCACUGCUGAAGAUGAAGAUCUUUUUUUAAAGUAUCUAAAGAUUGCCACUUUGAACUUGAAGAUCUACCACCUGAGUUACCUCCACAGCUGUGAGACGCGUAAAGGACAGCUGCUGCUGUGGUCGGCCAACAAGGUGUUUGAAGAGCUGACAGACAUUGAGCGACAGUUUCACAAGGCCUUGUACACAGUCCGAGCCUACCUCAACUGUGACCGUUACUCCGUUGGUUUACUAGACAUGACGAAGGAGAAGGAGUUCUUUGAUAUUUGGCCGGUGUUGAUGGGAGAGCAGGCACCGUACUCUGGCCCUGUCACUCCUGAUGGCAGGGAGAUAAUUUUCUACAAAGUGAUUGAUUAUAUUCUACAUGGAAAAGAAGACAUUAAAGUAAUACCCACUCCGCCUGCAGAUCACUGGGCCCUGGUUAGCGGCCUGCCUACUUAUGUAGCCGAGAGCGGCUUUAUCUGUAACAUUAUGAAUGCAGCUGCUGACGAGAUGUUCCAGUUUCAGACUGAGCCACUCGACAGCAGUGGUUGGACCAUAAAAAAUGUUCUCUCGCUGCCAAUCGUCAACAAAAAAGAAGAGAUAGUGGGCGUGGCCACUUUUUACAACAGAAAGGAUGGAAAGCCUUUUGAUGAUCAGGAUGAGCAGCUCAUGGAGGCUUUGACACAGUUCCUGGGCUGGUCCGUCUUGAACACGGACACUUACGACAAGAUGAACAAGCUGGAGAACCGCAAAGACAUCGCUCAAGACAUGGUGCUAUACCAUGUCAAAUGUCGGGAUGAUGAGAUUCAGAAUAUCCUGAACACCAGAGAAGUCUAUGGCCUUGAACCAAGAGACUGUGAAGAGGAGGAUCUCCUAGAAAUCCUGAAACCAAUGCUACCUCCACUUAUUAAGAAGUUUGAGAUCUACGAGUUCCGCUUUUCGGAUUUUAACUGCACAGAGAUGGAGCUGGUGAAGUGCGGGAUCCAGAUGUACUAUGAGGUUGGAGUGGUCAGGAAGUUCCAGAUCCCUCAGGAGGUGCUGGUUCGGUUCAUGUACUCAGUCAGUAAAGGCUACAGAAGGAUCACAUACCACAACUGGCGUCACGGCUUCAAUGUGGGACAGACCAUGUUCACACUCUUAACGACGGGAAUGCUGAAACGGUACUACACUGACUUGGAGGUUAUGGCCAUGAUAACUGCAGGCUUCCUGCACGAUAUUGAUCACAGAGGGACCAACAACUUGUACCAAGUCAAAUCUGGCAACCCUCUGGCAAAGCUGCAUGGCUCAUCCAUCUUGGAACGACACCAUCUAGAAUUUGGAAAGUUCCUCUUGGCUGACGAGACAUUGAACAUCUACGUAAACCUAAACAGACGACAGGUAGACCACGUGAUUCAUCUCAUGGACAUCGCCAUCAUUGCCACUGACCUGGCUCUUUAUUUCAAGAAAAGAACCAUGUUCCAGAAGAUUGUGGACCUGUCACACACAUAUGAGGAUGAAAAGAAGUGGGUCGAUUUCAUGUCCCUAGAAACAACCAGAAAAGAAAUCGUCAUGGCUAUGAUGAUGACCGCAUGUGACUUGUCAGCCAUCACAAAGCCUUGGGAGGUACAGAGCAAGGUUGCCUUGUCUGUAGCAGCAGAGUUCUGGGAGCAGGGUGACCUGGAGAGGACAGUACUGGAACAACAACCCAUUCCCAUGAUGGACAGGAACAAGGCAGCAGAGCUUCCAAAGCUACAGUGUGGUUUCAUUGACUUUGUCUGCACGUUUGUCUACAAGGAGUUUUCUCGCUUCCAUCCACAAAUCACGCCCAUGCUGGACGGCAUCCUGAAUAACAGGAAGGAGUGGAAUGCGAAAAAAGAGGAGUAUGAGGCUACACUCAAAGCCCUGGAGGAGGAGAAGGCUGCUAAAGAGGCUGCCACAGCCAACAAAGCUACUACAAACAACACCGGUGGAGGCUCCGGCUCAAAGACCUGCUCAGUGAGCUAAAAAGGUCAAAAAGCCAUGCACAAGAUGGGACGGCUCACGACAGAUGACUUGAGAAUGACCCGAGCACCACAGUCUGUCUCACCGCCAAAAGAAAAUGCAAUAAAGUCAAGAGGACGGAUACAUGAGUGAAUGCACAGCGCCGUAGUAUUUCUUCAGAAAAACUGUCUCUGAUCAGGAAAGAAAAAACCUGAAUGAUGAGUAUCUUUAAAAGACACUAACCAGGUGAGCCAAAAAGGCGGGACAUCACCACCCCCUUGAAAAACAUCACAGAGGAACAACAGAAACAGACAGCCAUCAUCUACUUUAAAUUUUAAGGUGAUUUUUGAAUCUCAGGUUCUCACUUAUCCUCAUACAGUGUCAGCUUCCUUAUAUUUUGAGGAUUAAUGUUAGCUCAGAUGGUGCAAAGAUGCAGCAUGUAUGUGUGUGUGAUUGUUGAGAGGAUAAAACUUGUACAUAUAUCUGUGUAGUAAGUGACGCCCAUGUGUAGUAACACGUAAGAGGCAUACUGUUGAAUUAAUUCUUUGCUGCAAAGCCCAAAUAACUGUAGAUUGUAUAUCAUGUUUGGAGCUCUGUUUUCAAACAUACUGUAUAUUGUACAUUAAUGUAAUACUUGUUUAAGGAUCCAGAAUGUAAACUCAGAUAGAUAGAACUGUAACUGAACUACUGUACAUAUACUCCAGAUUAAUUUCAUGUUCACAUCUUCCAGUCACAAAUGAGUUUGUUUACCUUGAUCGCAGAGAGCCAAAGGUAGAUGACAAGCUCAACAAAAAAGUAUAGUCACUUUAAAUAUUAAAGGAUACGGCACAAAAACUUUGCUUUGCUGCCCACAGAGAAGCCUGUA